AUGUCUUGGUUAAGGAAUCUCUGCAUAAGCGCCAGCCGAUACCAUAAAGCUCACGCCAUGCCACCAAUCGAUGGGACUUCACAGUGGCUACGAAAGACUAUCGAAUCGGCCGCUGUGUUAGUAUUCAGCAAAACUGGAUGCCCGUUUUGUCGAAAUUUGAAGCAAAUUUUAGCUGAGGAGAAAAUCAAGCAUGCAACAAUCGAACUAGACCAGUUACCUAAUGGUCCAGCUAUUCAAAAGUCAUUAUAUAACUUCUCAAAAAUCCAAACAGUUCCUCAAGUAUUUGUUAGAGGCAAAUUCAUCGGGGAUUCUCAAACGGUUAUAAAAUACCGCAAUAAUAACGAGUUGGCUGCGAUUGUCAAUGAAAACGAUUAUGACUAUGAUCUAAUAGUUAUUGGUGGAGGGUCUGGGGGACUUGCUGCAGCAAAGGAGGCAGCGAAAUAUGGAGCUAAAACAGCUGUCCUAGACUACGUAGAACCAAGUCCUGUGGGUACGACUUGGGGCUUGGGAGGAACUUGCGUGAAUGUCGGAUGCAUUCCUAAGAAAUUGAUGCAUCAAGCUGCGAUCCUGAGUCAUUGUUUGGAAGAUGCUCACCAUUUUGGAUGGGAUGUAGACAGAUCCAAAAUUUCUCACAAGUGGUCUACCAUGGUAGAAGGAGUCCAAAGUCAUAUUGGUUCUUUGAAUUGGGGCUACAAAGUUGCACUUAGAGACAAUCAAGUUACAUAUUUAAAUGCACGCGGUGUUUUAUUAGGUCCUCAUGAAGUGCAGAUUACAGAAAGAAACAAGAAGGUCUCUACGAUAACUGGAAACAAAAUUAUUCUUGCUACGGGUGAACGGCCAAAAUAUCCAGAAAUACCUGGGGCAGUUGAAUAUGGAAUUACAAGCGAUGAUCUUUUUUCUUUACCAUACUUCCCCGGUAAAACACUUGUUGUGGGAGCGAGUUAUGUCGCUCUAGAAUGUGCUGGUUUCCUGGCUAGUUUGGGUGGUGAUGUUACUGUUAUGGUUCGUUCCAUUUUACUGCGUGGUUUUGAUCAACAAAUGGCUGAAAUGAUUGGUGACUAUAUGGAGAAACAUGGAGUCAAAUUUGCAAGGCUAUGCAUACCGGAUGAGAUAAAGCAAAUAGAACCGGUAGAUGGUGUAAACAGUAAACCUGGGCGUCUGCUUGUAAGAGCUCAUUAUACAGAUGGAAGAAAGUUUGAAGAAGAAUUUGAAACGGUUCUCUUUGCUGUUGGUCGCGAACCACAGUUAUCGAAGCUUAAUCCUGAAGCCGUUGGAGUUAAACUGGAUAAAAAUGGUCGAGCUGUCUGUGAAGAUGAUGAGCAAACCACUGUCAGUAACAUUUAUGCCAUUGGAGAUAUCAACGCUGGCAAACCACAACUAACCCCUGUGGCUAUUCACGCCGGACGCUAUCUAGCUAGACGAUUAUUUGCUGGAGCAACUGAACUUACAGACUAUACCAAUGUAGCCACAACUGUUUUCACUCCGUUAGAAUACGGUGCUUGUGGGAUGAGUGAAGAGGAUGCAAUUGAGAAGUUUGGUGAUGAUGAUAUUGAGGUAUACCAUUCCCAUUUCAAACCUUUAGAAUGGACUGUAGCUCAUCGUGAAGAUAAUGUUUGCUAUGUGAAACUUGUGUGUCGAAAGUCUGAUAAUAUGCGUGUAUUAGGUCUACAUGUUUUGGGUCCUAAUGCUGGUGAAAUAACUCAAGGUUAUGCUGUCGCAAUCAAAAUGGGUGCUACAAAAGCUGAUUUUGACCGUACUAUCGGUAUUCAUCCGACAUCUUCUGAGACAUUUACUACUUUACAUGUAACGAAGAAAUCGGGUGCUUCUGCAGCUGUAACUGGUUGCUGA